AGUAUAACCUCAAACAAAAACUGACAAUUUUAGGAUUUGAAUUUUGUAAAUAAAUAAUGUUUAAUAGUGAUCCUCAACAGUGAUUCAAAGAUCCUCCUUGAGCAAGAUCGGGCCAAGCUACAUAACAAGCUGGGAAAAAUGGAUGAGGAAAUAUCAGACGGCUCAAAGACAUGGGUAGGAAGUGAUAUAUCGGAACUUUGCCUUGGAAAGGGGCCCUGGAGCUUCAUUGUCACUCCAGUAAACAUUUCCAAAUACCAUGCUGUGCUUUACGAAUUGCCAGUCACACUCGACGAACCCCCGAAACCUCAUGAGUCUGUCCAACCUAAACUUUGGGAUGAUGAACAUGUUCGGAUGCCAUUUUCUGAGAAAAAUCUGUUUCCCAUCACAGAAAACGGCAUAAAUGUGAUAAAACUUCGUUGGAAUAUAAUUAAGGAUACAUUCUCUAAGCCGAUAACUAACGGCGAUGAACUAGAAGCAGCUAUCAGAUCAUACAACAGCAAUCUACCCAAAUUGGAGGCUCUUCAUCGGUUUCUAGAAGAGGUUUCCGGCGAAGAGGAAAUCGACUUUUUUUUCACGGAUGUGCUGCCAAAAAUUGUCAAGUUGGCCCUGGCUCUGCCCGAACUGGUUCCGGCCGGCAUUCCGCUGUUGAGGAAGAAUCACUGCAGGUCCGUCAGCUUGUCGCAAGCGCAGAUAGCGUCCUUGCUGGCCAACGCUUUCCUGUGCACCUUUCCAUGGAGGAAAGACGUCGCGAACACUUUCCCGGGCGUCAACUUCGUCAGGCUCUUCGCCGCCCACGGAAGGCCCGACAGGGAGAACUCCAUCAUGGAAAAGUUGAAAUGCAUAGUGCAUUAUUUCUUGGUGGUAGCCGCUGCAGUUCCUGUUGGUGUGGUGACUUUCGAAAGAAAAUUCAUACCCAAAGCUGAUAUGCCGAGGUGGGAUAUGUUAGAUAGCGAUUUGGGAAGCACCAAAAUACACGUAGACAGCUCCGGAACUAUCGAAGACAACGGACUGGGAUUUUUGCAAGUGGACUUUGCUAACAAAAAUGUGGGAGGUGGUGUUCUAGGUUAUGGUUGUGUUCAAGAAGAAAUAAGAUUCGUUAUAUGUCCGGAGUUGUUGAUAAGUAGGUUGUUUGUGGAACAACUGGGUGAUCAAGAAGCUGUGAUAGUAACAGGUGUUGAAAGAUAUAGUAAGUACAAGGGAUACGGAGACUCCUUCGAAUACGAUGGAAACUUCAUAGACGAAACUCCCCACGAUGAGUAUGGCAGGAGGAGGACGACAGUCUGUAUAAUUGAUGCCAUUCGCUUCAACAAGCCUCGGGAUCAGUUUCGACCUUCUGCGAUGUUGAGAGAACUGAAUAAGGCGUACGUGGGCUUCAGUUCCCGACAAAAGUGCAAUCUAGCGCCGGUCGCCACCGGCAACUGGGGCUGCGGCGCCUUCCGCGGCAGCGCCUACCUGAAGGCGCUGCUGCAGCUGAUGGCGUGCUGCGCCGCAGGAAGGAAUUUGGUCUACUACUCGUUCGGCGACGAGGAGCUGCGCAGGGACUUUCACGGCAUAUACCAAUUCCUGAGUGAGAAGGGAGUGACGAUAAAACAGCUGUGGAGGAUUUUGUGUGGAUUCUCGCCAUCCGGAUUUUCCGACACAAGCUUGUAUUUAUUCAUACAGCAAACUUAUAUCACUCAAAAAAAGGAACCUGUAAUUGAAAAGUUGGUAGAAAAUAAAAAUGGACACUGUUCCUCUAGUCAAAACAAAACGGUCUUCAAAAAGCAAGAGUGUGAGCCGUCCACAUCAUUUCAAGGCCGAAGAAAUGGUGACGAAAUUCGUGAAGAAAAGAUCGAUUUUACGAAAACUAACGAUAUGGAAAUAGAUGACGAUAUCAUCGAUGCGACUCCUCCAGAAGAAAUCAAAUUCAAGAAGAAACAGACGAAAAAAGCGAAAAUGUCGGAAAAGGAAGUCUUGGAAAAAAUGCCUAAAACGAAUAUAAUGGAGCUGAUAGACAGGAUAGACGGUAAUACUAAUAACAAUCACAAGGAAGGGCAUCAGGAAGAAUCAUUUCUUUCAAAAUUAGACAGUUUCAAGAAGACGGGUAAGGGUCGUGUAGUAGGAAAAACGGAAUGCAGCACGAAUGACAACACGAUAUCGAAUCAAGACACUUUCAAAAUACCAAAAACGAAAAUAUCACAGUAUUUCACAAGCAAACCCACAAAACCUAGUUAGCGAGAAAUGUAUUGAAUAAAAUAUUUAUUUU